AUGGAGUACGAACCCGACGCGGCUGGACAAGAAAGCUAUAUUCUCUGUGCCGACUGUGGUACUGUCAUUUCCUCGGCGAACGGCUCUGGACUGUGUGUGGGAUGUCUCCGUAACUCAGUCGACAUCACCGACGGUAUCCCGAAAGAGUCGGUUGUCAACUUCUGCAAGGGCUGUGAGCGCUUCCUGUCUCCGCCCAACACCUGGGUUGCCUGUCAGCCCGAGUCUCGCGAGCUUCUUGCCAUCUGUCUGAAGAAGAUCGCCAAGCCUCUCCUCAAGGUUCGCCUGAUCGAUGCCCAGUUCAUCUGGACGGAGCCUCACUCGCGCCGUAUCAAGCUCAAGAUCACGAUCCAGAAGGAGGUUCUCGCCAACACCGUUCUCCAGCAGACCUUUGUCCUGACCCUCGUCGUCCAGACCGGUCAGUGCCCCGCCUGUACUCGUCUCGCCGCCAAGAACACCUGGAAGGCUAGCGUUCAGGUCCGCCAGAAGGUCACCCACAAGCGUACCUUCCUGUUCCUCGAGCAGCUCAUCCUCAAGCACAACGCCCACAAGGACUGCACGAACAUCAACGAGAAGCGCGAUGGUCUCGACUUCUUCUACACGGAGCGCAACAAUGCCAUCAAGAUGGUUGAGUUCCUUGCGUCCGUUGUUCCCGUCCGCGUGAAGGGCUCCGAGCAGCUCAUCUCGCAAGACACGCACAACGGUACUGCCAACUACAAGUUCACCUACUCGGUCGAGAUUGUGCCGAUUUGUAAGGACGACCUCGUCUGUAUCCCGAAGAACCUCGCUCGCCAGUGGGGCAACAUCUCGCAGCUGACGAUCUGCUCGCGCGUCGGCAACACCCUCCACCUCCUCGACCCCCUGACGCUGCAGCAGACGGACGUGACCGCCCCCGUGUACUGGCGCCAGCCGUUCGAGUCUCUGGCUCAGACCUCGGACCUGGUCGAGUUUGUCGUGCUCGACAUUGAGCCGACCGGAGUCCAGCGUGGACGCUGGGUCCUCGCCGACGCCCAGAUCACUCGUGCUUCUGGAUCAGGACAGGCGGCCGAUGCGGACGGUAUGGGCGACGACGGAAUCUACCACGUGCGAACGCACCUCGGCGCCAUUUUGCAGCCGGGAGACACUGUUCUCGGCUACGACCUGACGCACACCAACUUCAACAACGACGCGUUCGAGGGCAUCGACCCGCACCGGAUACCGCACGUGAUCCUCGUGAAGAAGACGUACCCGAACCGCCGAAAGAAGAACCGCCCCCGCAACUGGAAGCUCAAGUCGAUCGCCAAGGAGGCCGAGGAGGACACGACGGUGGGACGCGGUGCGCUCGGUCGCCGCGGUGGUGUGGACCAGAAGAACGUCGAGCGCGACUAUGAGCUCUUCCUCCGCGACCUCGAGGAGGACAAGGAGAUGCGCGCCGCCGUCAACCUGUACCGCGCCGACGACGCUCAGGACAUGGAGGACGACGAUGGAGACGUCGCCAUGGGCGGCCAGAAGGGCUCGGGCAUGCGCGGCGGAAAGCGCCGUGGAGGCGCCGCCGCCCAGGCCGCCGCUGCCAUGGAGGUCGAGGACGGCAACAUCGCCGACGAGGACGACGACGGAACUGAGGAGGAGGACUUCCCCGAGAUCGAGCUCGACGAGCUCCUUGAGAACUUUGACGACAUGGCGAUCGAGGGUGAGGAGCUCAACUAG